UUUACUGUGAGUGUAAGGUUAAAUUCGACAGAAUCGGAAGAUCACUUUAAAGGGUAUAUUUCCAUAUCUCAACCAGCGCCGCCUGAUAUUCCCAGUAAACGAUGUCUUUACCAAGAGAAUUUAUAUUUAAAAAGGAGUUGGCAAGACUUGAAGACCAGGUCCUCGGGUCUUCGGCACCACCGACGUCUACCGCACCGCUCUCAUGCUCUAUCGACUUGCCAGCAACCGACACCAUUAUGGAGGCCAGCCUGUCGCCAGACAACGCAGGCUCGCUUCUAUCAAUACAGUCAGCCCCUCCAGAACAAAGGGCGAUGUCUGUGGAGCAGAGGGAGCGGCCAGCGAGCCUCCUGCUUGAGUUACCACUAGCCACGCAAGUGGGUGCGUAUUUGUCAGCGAUGUCGCCGACUGAGCAGGAGGAGGAUUCUCUUCUGACAUUGUCGUCGGUGACCGCGAGGCCUUUACUCGCUGCGUCAAUGAAACUGCGCCCGAGACCUGAUUCUACUGAUAUACCAUGUCCUCCAGACGGUGGGUAUGGCUGGGUGGUGGUAUUCGGUGCGUUUAUGGUACAAUUCUGGGUCGCUGGUCUGUUCAAGUCGUACGGUGUACUGUACGUUGAGAUAAUGGAAACGUUCCCUGAUUCCUCGGAAUCAGUUGCCUCAUGGAUACCAGCUGCUCUGUCUACGUUGUGUUUGGCACUUGCUCCGUUAUCUUCUGCAUUAUGUGAGAAAUACUCUUGCCGUCUUGUUGUGUUCACCGGAGGUCUGUUUUGUGCGACUGGACUCGCGUUGUCCUUCUUUAGUACGGGAUUGUUGCAUUUGUUGCUCAGCUUUGGUGUCAUGACUGGUAUCGGUGGAGGGUUAUCGACAACUCCCGGUAUUGUGAUUGUUUCACAAUACUUUGACAAACACAGAGCGUUGGCGAACGGUAUUUGCGUGAGCGGGACAGCUGCUGGGAGCUUUGUGUUUCCAAUGCUGAUAGAGAAAUUAGUCGAUAUGUAUGGUCUACACGGGACUGUUCUGCUACUUGGUGGAGGCAUGCUGCACGUGUGCGUGUCGGCGACGCUGUACCGCGCGCCGCCCGCGCCGCGCCCGCACACCCCCGUCACCUCCACCACCACGGAGAACACCACACUCUUACAGGAUAUACAGGAAGGUAAAGCGGAUGUGAACAAAGAUAACAAAUUGGUUAAUCUCUUCCACGCGGACAAUGAGUUGGCUUUGAACCAGAAGAAUGCUUUACUAAGUGAUGAUAAGAGAACUAAUUUGCUCUCAGAGAUAUUACAUCCAAGUCUUAUUGAGGUAACACGACCUCCUUUAACAUCACAAUUAUCUGAUUCCGAAGAUUCUGAAGGUUUAGAUGUGCUAGGGGUUGUUGGUUUACCUCGAGAAGUAGUUCGACUACGUCUGCGACCGACUCGUUCUUCUUCUAUCUUACAUUCAGUAGAAGAUCUCUCGACUGACAGCACAUGUGUGUACAAAGCGAGUAGGAGAAAACUUAGCAGAUCUUUAUAUAUACGACCUCCAUUACCGAGUAGAUUGAUUCAGAACAAAUUAGAAGAGACGGUAAUUGAUACGAAGAAGGAAGAAGUAAGGAAAGAAGAGAGUGCGGAAGUAGAAGAGAAGAAAGAAGGAUGUGUUGAUAAGAUAUCACGAUAUCUCGACGUAUCUCUGCUGAAGUCGUGGAGGUUCGGUUUGCUCUGCGCGUCUGUCGCGCUGAUGUCGUGCGGCUCGCCCUACGCGCUCUACUACCUGCCCGCGUACACCGUCGCCGCGGGGCACAGCAAGUCUGCGGCCGGUCGUCUGGUAGCAAUUAGCGCAGUGCUGGACCUGUGCGGACGUCUGGGUCUAGGCUGGCUGUGUGACCUACAUCUCUUCUGUAGGCGAAAGGCGUAUAUUGUUAGUAUUCUUGUCGCCGGAGCUGCUGUUCUAACUUUACCAAGUUUAACAUCUUGGUGGGCGCUGGCGAUUGCUUCAGGUGCAUACGGCCUAUGUCUGGGAUGUUGGUUCCUGCUGGUCCCAGUUCUGUUGGCGGAUGCAUUCGGCACAGCUCGCAUCGCCUCCUCUUACGGCCUCGUCAGAAUGUUCCAGAGUUUGGCCGCAGUUUCUGUGCCGCCGACUGCUGGAAUGGUUCGUGACAUCACAGGAGGGUAUUCCUGGUGUUUCUACGGGAUGGGUUCUUGUAUGGUUCUGGGUUCGAUCCCGGUUAUUGCGUUUCAUAUCACAACUAAAAAUGAGGAUAACGAAUCUACCGUAGAUUGAAUUUAUUAAUACUAUCACCGAUGUAUUGUAUUCUUUAAAAUUGACUCAAUAAUACAAACGUCAAUUUGUAUUAUUCACAAAUUUUAUUUUACAUGCAUUUUAACGUAAUGUAAUGUAAGUUUUCAUGACUUGUGACGUCAUA